CACGCGCCAUUUUCUUUUUUUAAACUUUCUGGUGUUAUAACGACAACUUCACCACUUCAUAAAUCUCUUUUGCCUUUUUCUUCUGCACAUUUCGAAGGAGUAACAAUGGCAACCGAGAAAGCUCGCCAGGCUGCCGAAGUGUACACAAAAGGAACCCAGGCAUGGCUUCCGGUCGACACGGAUGCCUGUUGGAUCUCCGUCACUUGCGUUUCCAACACCAUUACGGACGACGGCAAUGUGCGUCUCGUGUUUGAAGACGACAACGAAGAAAAGGAACAUAUAUUCGAGAGCAAGCUCGCCGAGAUCGAAAAAGCAGAUGGGUCCAACCUUCCUCCACUACGUAACCCACCCAAGAUGGAGUACACGGAUGAUCUCACCAACCUCAGCUAUCUGAAUGAACCUGCAGUUCUCAACACGAUCCGUACUCGCUACAUGCAGCACCUGAUCUACACAUACUCUGGCAUCGUCUUGAUUGCCGUGAACCCCUUCGACCGAGUGUCGCUCUACGAGCCAGAUAUCGUGCAACAAUACGCGGGACGACGGCGGGGGGAGCUAGAGCCGCAUUUGUUUGCGAUUGCAGAAGAUGCAUAUCGCUGCAUGAUUCGGGAGCAGAUGAACCAGACGAUUGUUGUCUCAGGAGAAAGUGGUGCGGGUAAAACAGUCAGUGCAAAGUACAUUAUGCGCUACUUUGCCACGGCAGAUGACCAGGAGUCAGUCGGAAAGAAGAAGAAAGAGGGUGGAGGCAUGACCGAGGUGGAAGAGCAGAUCCUGGCAACCAACCCCAUCAUGGAAGCCUUUGGUAACGCAAAGACAACCCGAAACGACAACAGUUCCCGCUUUGGCAAAUACAUAGAAAUCCAGUUCGACAAAGACGCCAACAUCAUUGGUGCCAAGAUAAGAACCUACCUGCUUGAACGAUCUCGUCUGAUUUUCCAGCCAAAGACUGAGCGAAACUACCACAUCUUCUACCAGUUGUGCGCAGGUGCACCUACCUCUGAGCGAAAAGAAUUCCAUCUCGGCGAUUAUACCUCCUUCCACUACCUUAACCAGAGCGGCACAGGCACGAUACCCGGUGUGGACGACGCCUACGAAUUCGAAGUAACACAGCGCGCACUCUCGACCGUCGGCUUGUCUCUCCAACUACAAUGGCAGAUUUUCCGCCUCUUGUCCGCACUCUUGCAUAUCGGCAAUAUCCAAAUCACAGGUCGCGGCGAUGCUAUGCUGGCUGACACAGACGAGGCUUUGAUUAUUGCUACACGUCUCUUGGGAAUCAAAACCGCCGAUUUCCGAAAGUGGAUCGUGCGCAAACAGAUUGUGACACGCUCAGAAAAGAUUGUCACAAAUCUCAACCCAACACAGGCACAGGUUGUCAAGGACUCGGUCGCCAAGUACGUCUAUGCCAACCUCUUUGACUGGCUCGUGGGUGUCAUCAAUGACAGCUUGUCAUCCCCUGAUCCAGAAAAGAUUCUCACGUUUAUCGGAGUUUUGGAUAUUUACGGUUUUGAGCAUUUCAAAAAGAAUUCCUUCGAGCAGUUUUGCAUUAAUUACGCAAACGAAAAACUUCAACAGCAGUUCAAUCAACACGUAUUCAAGCUGGAGCAAGAGGAGUAUGUUCGAGAGCAGAUCAACUGGACAUUUAUCGAUUUCAGUGACAACCAAAAGUGCAUUGAUCUUAUUGAAGGCAAACUCGGUAUUUUGUCUCUACUCGAUGAGGAAUCGCGUCUCCCAGCAGGCUCGGAUCAAGGCUUCUGUCAAAAACUCUACGACAAUUUUGGAAAGCCAGACUACAAGCAAUUUUUCAAAAAGCCACGUUUCUCCAAUAAUGCAUUCACUGUGGCGCAUUAUGCACACGACGUGCAAUAUGAGGCAGAGAGCUUUAUCGACAAAAAUAAGGAUACUGUGCCCGACGAACAUUUGGCAUUGCUGCAAGGUUCAGAGUUUGACUUUUUGAAGGAAGUCAUGGAUAAGGCAGCUGCUAACAACCCGGCUCCAACGCCCGAAAAGAGCAAGCGAAUGAGUAUGAUUGCUCGAAAGCCUACUCUUGGUUCAAUCUUCAAGCUGUCGCUCAUCCAACUCAUGGAUACUAUCGGUCAAACAAACGUUCAUUAUAUCCGGUGCAUUAAGCCUAAUGAAGCCAAGGUUGCUUGGGAGUUUGAACCCAGUAUGGUCCUGUCUCAGCUCCGAGCCUGUGGCGUCCUGGAAACCAUCCGCAUUAGUUGCGCAGGAUACCCAUCGCGCUGGACAUUUGAAGAGUUUGCUGAAAGAUACUAUGCCCUUGUACCGUCUAAGUAUUGGAAUGGUGAUGAUUUGCGUGGCCUUGCCAAGGUUAUUCUUGACGCCUCGAUCCCCGAUGGGACCCAAUACCAAAUUGGUAUUACAAAAAUAUUCUUCCGUGCUGGUCAACUGGCAUUAAUGGAGAAGCUUCGUUCGGACAAGUUCAAUGCAAGUGCGACAUUGUUACAGAAGCAUAUGCGCCGCUUUAUUUAUCGUUCGCGGUAUGUUCAUAUGCGCGAUCUGGCUCUUCGCUUGCAAUGCGUUGCACGGCAAAAAGCUGCUGCCGCCAACCUUCGAUCUCUUCGCGAGCAAAAGGCCGCUGUCCAAAUCCAAACCCAGUGGCGGCGAUUCGCUGCUCGCAAGGCCUAUAACCAAAGACAGCGGUUCAUUGUCCAGCUACAGUCUGCUAUCCGAGCCUACCAUGCCCGGCAUAAGUUGGUGUUUGAGCGUGAGACACAUGCUGCCAUUCAGAUCCAGAGACUCGUCCGGGGCUGGUUUGCUCGAAAACAAUAUAAGGCGCAGCGCGACUUUGUCAUACAUUUGCAAUCAUGUAUCCGCCGCCGUGUUGGUCGUAAGCAACUGAUGUCAUUGCGUGCCGAAGCACGAUCAGUCAACCACUUCAAGGAAGUUUCAUAUAAGCUUGAAAACACUGUGGUGGAACUCACACAGACGAUCACUUCGCUAAAGGACGAAAAGAAAAGCAUGGGUGACAAGACUACUCAGUUGGAGGGCGAGAUCCGCACAUGGAUGGAAAAGUACGAGAAGAUGGAAAAACAAUCUAAAAAGUUUCAGGAGAGACUUCAAGAGCCCACGGUACCUCAAACACAAUGGGAUUCGCUUGUGGGCGAACGGGAUCAAUUAUCCAAGAACUAUCGAGAAGCAUUAGAUACACUCAAGUCACGAGAUAAGGAAAUUAUUAGCAUCAACGAUUCAAUGGAAUCACUGCGCAAACAAAACGAGAAAUUACAUAAGGAUUUGGAAGCAGCCAAUGAGCGUGCAGCCGAUGAAAGCGAAGUGACAGAGCUCAAGAGUCAGAUUGCUGCAUUAAAGGCACAGUUGACCCAGGCCAUGCGUGGCGGUAUGCGUCGUGGAUCAUCAUCAAACAACUUGCGCAGCCUGUCACCGGCGCCAGAUCGUCUUCGCAGUGUAUCGCCAUCUAAGCCUUUGGAUGUUAAUGACUUCAAGGACGACGUUCGUCAGCGCAGCCGGUCACCGGCUAGAGGAAGAAAAGCUCGCCGCAACAGUUUGGAUGCACCUAGCAUGAACAACCCGGUAGACAGACUUCGUUUGGACAAGAAUCCACGUCCUACCUCGAUUGAUCAGUACAGCAACAUUUUUGGUGCAAAGGGCAAUCGUAUCAUCCCUGGCAGCGUGAUUGAAGAUCCGGAUGAGGAGAUCCAUAGCAUUUUAAGAGAAGAAGACAAGUUAUUGGCCGAGAUUACCGAAGGUCUUAUUAAGGAGCUCAAGAUGCCAUUGCCAAGUAUGCAAAAUCCUCCUUCACGCAAGGAGAUCUUCUUCCCGGCCCACAUGAUCAGUAUGUGCGUAACGGAAAUGUGGAGACGCCAAUAUAUCCAAGAAUCAGAGCGCCUUCUCUUCACCAUCAUGGAUACGAUCCAAAAACGCUGCUUGAGCUGUUCGGGAGAAGAGGCCAUCACGCCCUGUGCCUUCUGGCUUACCAACGUACACGAACUGUUGUCAAUGGUUUGCACGGCUGAACACAGCUUAGAACAAGAAGUAUUCAACCAUGGCCGAAGCUCUGGUUGGGCCGAUUUUGAAAAGCUGGUAGCUACGGUCAAGUUCGAGAUGCAGUGUCUCGAGGACAAUAUCUUCCAUGCAUGGUUGAAGGAAACGAAGCGACGCUUAAGCAAGAUAAUUGUCCCUGCUGUCAUUGAAAGUCAAUCUUUGCCCGGAUUCAUCACUGCCGAUACAGGUCGUUUCUUCAACAAAUUGCUGACCGGAUCAUCCCAGCCAGCUUACAGCAUGGACGAUCUGCUCAACUAUUUAAACAAGGUGUGGCGGACAAUGAAGUGCUAUUUCAUUGAACCAUCUGUGGCUACGCAGGUCCUUACAGAGUUGCUGAAAAUGAUUGGAGUUAACGGUUUCAAUGAUCUAUUGAUGCGCAAGAACUUUUCUUCUUGGAAACGAGCAAUGCAAAUCCAAUACAAUAUUACGCGUAUUGAAGAGUGGUGCAAGGGCCAUGAUAUACCUGAGGGCAGUCUCCAACUUGAGCACUUGAUGCAGACGACGAAGAUGCUCCAAAUGAAAAAAUCAUCAGUCGAGGAUAUUGAAAAUAUCUAUGAUGUGUGCUGGAUCUUGUCUCCUACACAAGUCCAGAAACUCAUUUCCAAUUACCAUGUAGCAGACUAUGAGAACCCCAUCAAACCUGCUAUAUUAAAAGCGGUAGCUGCCCAUGUCGUUACCGGCGAUACUGCUGAUGUUCUUCUAUUAGACUCUGUUCCGAUUGAUGACACAGCCAAUCCAUUUGAGAUCCCCGUACCACGUCAAACACAGCUUCAGACAUACAUUCCUUCCUGGAUCAAGGUGCAGCAUGUCCGUGCUCUGACUGUGUUGGUGCAACAGCAAAGCCAACCCUCAUCGGCAUAAAGAAAAUCCCUUGACGCUAUACAAUUAGCUGUUCUUCGUAAAUACCAAUAACCAAAUUGUAAAAAUUAUACAUAAAUAACAUAUAAAUAGUUUAUUCGCUCUCUUUUCACAAAGUCUAUUGUCAUUAAUAUAACUCUCGGCCAAUUUUUAAAGCCGUAUACUGCUAGAAUAAAGUGCUCGAGUGUAAAUAAGAUACGCAUGAUACAUUGUUUAAUAAUGAAAUAGAAGUGAUUUUGCAUCGAUUGAGACGAUCAAGUAUAUCGUUCAAUAUGCGGUGUUCUUCUAGAGUGUUGGAUGGGCAUGUGUGUUUAUUUUGGCUUUAAAAAAUGGUUAUAUAUACAGAAAAGUUAAGGUAUUAUAUUGUAAUCGCGAUAAGAAUCAUUCGUGUGCUUUGUUUAAUGUUCCUGAUUCGCGACUGCCGAGUAAUUGCUCCUGUUCUGUCGCCCCUACAAUAUAUAAGC